AUGCCAGGCUGGCUGUUAUGCGCGCCUGUGGUGCCAGCAAAACAGGAAGAAAAAUGUUUCCGCACGGCAGAGGUGGAUGAAUGUCGUGAGGUCGUCAAGAGCGGAACGCCUGCUGGCGAGGCGAAGAACGCGAUUCCAGGGUUGGAAGCGAGAGCAAGACCGAAUCAGCGGUUGAAAGUGGCGUUUGGGAUUGACAGUUGUUUUACCUCUUCGGACGAGAGAGCUUGCAAGAGUUUCAGAGAUGGGGUCGAGAAGUUGCUUUAUGUGGAUGAGGCCGAGUGGAUCAACUAUGGCGAUGCUGCUCGCGCAACCGCAAGGCAAGCACUCGACGUCGAAAGCGAUUCGACAAGCCUUUUCAGUGUGGUUCAGCUGAUGACACUAAAGACGAUGAUGAAAGUGUUGUGGCCCGAUCAAUUCUUCGAGCACAUCACAAAUGAACAAAUCUCCACACUCGCUCACGAGGUCAACCUCCAAUGGCUUCGUUCCAAGGAAGGCAGCGACAACAGCGACGACCCAUUCUGGAAUUUCGACAAGCAGACACCCCUCAAGGAUGCAGUCAAGACUGUGUUUUCAGACUGGGAUGAGACAGACAGCAAGAAGAAUCCAUGCAAUUUGAUACUCCCUGGCUACGAGACCAUGUGGCGUGUCGUCCUCCGCUGCUUUGUUGAAGUCGUUGCUCGCGAUCAUGACCAGUCGACCAAUUGGGAGAAAACUCUACGGGCCUUCUCGAAGAUUCCGACGAAACAGCAGCUCAAGGAAUCAUUCUGUAAAGCUGAUGUGCCGGUCACAGCCGCUCAUAUCGCUAAAGAAGCGCUUCGCCUGUAUCCACCGACCAGACGUAUCUACCGUGAAUAUCACGACGCCGCUGGCCAGAAAACUAACGUCUCCGCUGACAUCGAAGCCAUGCAGCGUGAUCCUGUUCUUUGGAGAGAUCAUCCAAAGCUGGUUUUGCCAGACCGUUGGAUCGAUAUCGCGGAGGGUUAUGAUCAUGGCUUCAUGCCUUUUGGUGCCAAACCUUUCAACUGUCCUGCCAAAAGGUGGAAGAAUGUGCCCAUGCCAUUUGGUAUCUCUAUGGUUGCGCUGCUCGUUGGCGCUUUGAUUGAGGCUACCCAAGGCAAGUGGACAAUUCACGGCAACUUCCCAGACAAAACGCAUCCGCUCGACACUGAUCGUGAGGCGUACGGUGAUGCUACCCUGCAAAGACUGUGA